GCCUCGAUCGCCUGGAUCAAGAUGGACCUGGUCGUGGGUGCCUCCAGCGACGCCGUGAAGUCCCUGGUGGGCAAGCUCGGGAGCCUCCUCGCCCAGGAGUACACGCUGAUCCAGGGCGUCCGCGACGACAUCCAGUACAUCAACGACGAGCUGGCCAGCAUGCAGGCCUUCCUCAACCGGACCAAACGGGCCGGCAGCCACGCCCACGACGAACAGAUGCAGGACUGGAUGAAGCAGGUGCGCGAGGUGUCGUACGACAUCGAGGACUGCAUCGACGACGUCAACCACCGCCUCGGCCACGAGCCUCGGGGCACCGGCAAGCUCGUGUACCUCCGCAAGGCGUGGUAUCUCCUCACCACGAUCUGCGUGCGCCGCAGCAUCGCCGCCGCGAUCGGCAACCUCAAGGUCCGGGCGCAGCACGUGAGCGAGCGGCGUGGCAGGUACGGGGUUGAGAACCUUACUACGGUCAGCAGCGACAAGCCCGUGGCCGCCGGAGCUGAUGCUGAUGAUGCUCCCACGGAUCGGCUCGUCCCUCCUCCCCAGCUCAUUGGCACGAAGCAGCCCGUGGGCGUGGAGAGUGCCAUAAAAAAGCUCGAGGAACGAUGGUUCCGGAACCAGGAGUACAACACCCAGGAGGGCACCUGGAAGAGGUUCCUUGCCAUUGUCGGAUUUGGUGGCCUUGGCAAGACCACGCUCGCCUUGGAGUUGUACCGCAAGUUUGGAGAUGAAUUCGACUGUAGAGCAUCCGUGCAGGCGUCGCAGAAGUUCGAUAUCCUCCUGCUUCUCAGGAGCCUUGUGAAGCAGUUCCAUGAGCAGCAGGCUAGCGCUUCUCACAACGACGACCACCCCCUCGACAAAAUUGAUGAAUGGGAACAAAAAGAUCUCAGAAAGAAGCUCGGUCUCCAAUUGCAAAAUAAGAGGUACCUUAUUUUGAUAGAUGACAUUUGGUCUAUAUCUGCAUGGGAGAACAUUAAUGAUUCUCUACCUGAAAGCGAGAAGGGUGGUAACAUAGUGGUGACAACAAGGUUUAAGUCUGUAGCUGCAGCUUCUUGCCGUGGACGACAUGGUUAUAUUCAUGAGCACGAGCCACUUCUUCAAGUGGAAUCUGACAAACUAUUUAGUCAAAUUAUCCUGGGAACGCUUGAUAUUCCAAUUAGAGCUGCAUUUGAUGGUGGGAUCACCUCUACUGCUCCUGACAAUAUAAUUAAGGCUGCAUUAGACGGCCAAAUUGUCAAAACUGCAUUUGAUGGCCAACUUAUCUCUAGUGCCCCUGGCAAGCAAACUAAAAUGGCAUCGGAUGGUCAAAUUAUCUCCAGCGCUGAUUAUAAUCCCAAUAAGAUGGCAUCAUCUGGUGAAAUUACCUACGGUCCUCCUAAUGAUCGCAGUAAGAAUACAUCAGACUUCUCCAGUAAUCCUAGUAAGGCUGCAUCAACUGGUCCAACAAAAGCUACAUCAGCCGGUCAAACAAAAGCCGCACCUGAUGAUGGUGGAAUAAUGUCAGCUUUGUUGAAGAAAUGUGGUGGUUUGCCUUUGGCCAUCAUUAUUGUAGCAGGGCUUGUGGCAAGUAAACUGAGAUCGGGCACUAGUUUGAUGAUAUUAGAUGCCUAUUUGCGUAAAGUAGACAAGGAUUUGAGCGGAGGGUUGGGAACAAAUCUCACCACGGAAGGAGUGACAAAAAUACUUGACCGAUGCUACAAUGAUUUGCCUGCUGGCCUUAAGACGUGCUUGUUGUACUUGAGCAUGUUUCCCAAGGGUUGCUUUAUCAGCAGAAAGCGGUUGAUCAGAAGAUGGAUAGCAGAAGGGUUCAUCGUUGAGAAGCAUGGGAAGAAUGUUGAGGAGGUUGCUGAAGACUGUUUCAAUGAACUCAUUAGCAGGAACUUAAUAAGGGCAGUCAACAAUAGUAGUAACGGCAAGGUGAAGAACUACCAAAUUCAUGACAUGGUUCUUGAGUACGUUGUAUCCAAGUCAAGCGAUGAGAAUUUCAUCACUGUGGUGGGUGGGCACUGGCAGACACCGUUUCCAAGCUAUAAGGUGCGCAGGUUGUCUGUCCACAAAAGUUCUUUGGAAGAAAAAAACACAGUGGAGAGAAUGAAAUUGUCACAUGUGCGAUCCUUGACAGCAUUCAUAAGCUUUGAAGCAAUGCAUUCUUCUUUGUCUAAGUUUCAGAUAUUACAAGUGCUGGAUCUUGAAUUCUGCCGAGAUUUGUCACCCCAUCAACUCAAAAAAAUAUGCAAAUUGCAUCAGUUGAAGUACUUGAGUCUACGCCAGACUGACAUUGACGAGAUCCCAUCCGAAAUAGGUAAGCUGGAAUGUUUAGAGGUACUUGACAUAAGGGAGACAAAAGUGAGAUUGUUGCCUCGAUCCAUUGAGAGGCUUAAGAGAAUGGCCCAUUUGCUUGCAGGCAACAAAAGCAAGAGGGUAGCUUUGCAAUUAACAGAGGAGAUCACAAAAAUGACAACUCUUCAGGUACUAUCUGGCGUGGAGAUAUGUGGAAGCUCAACUUCAUCAGAAAGCAGAGCCUGGUCUAAGGAAUCGGUCCAAGACCUCGAGAAGCUCACCAACCUGAAGAAACUCAGCAUUUACAUACUUGGGAAAUUGGGAAAAUCAGAUAAGGAAUCAUUGCUGUCUGCUAUUGAGCACUUGAGCAGCUGCUCCCUCAAGUCUCUUGCAAUUGACGAUGACUUCACUGGCUUUCUUGAACACUCGCUCAAUUCUUCAGAAGCACCGCCGGAGCACCUGCACUCCCUGGAGCUUUCGGGCAUGUUGUCUAAAUUGCCCAAGUGGAUUGAGCGCUUGCAUAGCCUUGAGAAGCUAACUUUAUCGUUAACUUCACUCACUACAGAUACUUUGGAGGUUCUCACUGACCUGCCUGAGCUCUUUUCUCUCACAUUUUCCCUUGAUGCAGUGAAGUUGAACAAUCCAAGUUCGCUCACAGUUGUGCACAAAAAUACAUUAGAGUCAGGAGGGGAGAUAUUUGUGCCAAUUGGAGGCUUCGAAAAGCUUAAGCUACUACGUUUCAUGGCACCAAUCCUGCCACCUAUUAGUUUCCCUGAAGGGGCAAUGCCAGUGCUGGAGAGGCUCGAGCUAAAGUUCAGGGCUGUUGAUGGUGUUCAUGGCCUGGACAACCUUGCAAGUCUCCGACAGGUGUUUCUAACAGUCAGCGGUAAGGCACCUAAGGCUGCUGAGGAGAUCAAGGGACUGGCGAACAAGAUGAAGAAUCCCCCUACAGUGAUUGUGGACGAGUACAACGAAUCGUCAAUGUAGCAAUGUAGCAUCAGAUCAUAGU